AUAUCUGCCAGGUAAGUAUGUACAAAACUUUAUUGUAUACUAACAAUAUCAUUUUUAUAUUUGCAGGUCAGGGUGUUGUAAUGGAAAGGAGUGUAUACAGUGAUUUAGUGUUUGCAGAAACUCUGGCUCAUUUUGGAUACUUGAGUAAGAAAGCCCUUAACCUGUAUUAUGAGUGCAGAAAAAUGACAGUACCACUUCUGAUGCGACCUCAUCUUGUUGUUUACUUGGAUGUUCCCGUUGACGUUACCUUGAAAAAAAUCCAGGCCAGGGGUUUGCCUCAUGAGACAAAUUCUUCUGUUUUAUCUGCAGAAUUUCUUUCUCAUAUGGAAAUGAAGUAUAAGCAACAAUUCCUUAAGGAAAUGAAAAAUCAUGCUGAGAUUUUGGUGUAUGACUGGUCAGAAGAAGGUGAUACUGAAGUUGUUGUUGAGGACAUUGAACGGAUCAAUUUUGAAUUUGGCAAGAACGACCCUAAAAUGGCAGAUUGGAAGCUUAAAGAUGAAUGGGAAUGGUGUGAAAAGCGAAUGCAGUAUACUAAAUACAGAAGUCAUUUCAUGAUGUGGUUGGUUGUACCAGACUUCAGUGUUGAGGAGAUGGUUAUUCCAGCUGCAGAUCACAAAAUAUACACAGAUGCUUUGCUUGAAGCACCUGGUGAGAGAUAUGAAGUGGGCUUCAAUAGUGAUAUGGGCGACCAGUUCAUUUUGACAAAAGUGAAAAAAGAUUUGGCAGUGUAAAUAACUUGGUGUAAGGAACCAUGGUGUUAUUGCAUAGGCAGAUUAUUUAAGUUUAUUUUAUAAAUAGAUUGUGCUGAAAUUGAAACAGACAUUUCCAGUAUAAAGUUUGUAAAUUAUGUACAGAAUGGAAAGUGAUAUAAAUGAUUUACAAAA